CCUGCGCGCUCCCUGAGCUCAGAGCUACAGCUGAACAGAGGGUGUAAUACAUAAUUCAGUCCCAGUACGGGAACACCUCACAGUUUCUCCACCUUUCCUGUCAAACCGCGGAGCCGCUUCAGCCUCAACACAAACCCGAGACACCGACGCGGCUACUCUCCUUGCUCCGGAGCGGAUGGAGGAUCAACCUUGGAGAAGGACGAGGGCGGUGUUUGUUGCAGGUUUUGCAUGACUUCCAGUGGUCGAGAAACAACGGACAGUCAGCUGCGAUCUUCAGGAGACGUAAACAUUGCCAUGCCCUGAUUCAUGCGCCACCUCCUCUUGUCAUCCUCCUUCUCCUCCGCCUCCUCUUCCUCCUCAUCCUCUGGUCCAGGACAGAGGGAUCUGUUUUAGGAGGAACAGAGGAGGAUGAUGACGCAGCUGUCGGAGGUAAAUAUUUUGCAGACGUGGUGAAGUUGUGUUCGGGAUAGGAGGCUGCAGCGGGCCACAGUCUGCAUUCUGAGUAUCCCUGCAUCCUGACUCUGCUGUGUCCGUGUUUUGCGGCCAUGCUGCAGGCAGCGUCCUCCGACCUGUUCCCGACUUGAUCCUCUCUCCUUGGGAUUAUAAACAACUUCUUAAAAGAAGAAAACUACUUGGUCAGCCUCUCUCUGUUUUCAAGUAUUAUUUUGUGCUGUAGGACCAUCCACGACUCUGUUUUCUGAGUGCAGAAAAUACCGUUUUUCUGUUCUAAAUGCUUCACUCUCCAGCCCAAAAACUGCGUGUUUCCUAAAAAGAUGUAAGCAGCUGCAGAUUUUAAUGAGCAAAGCAUCUCUCCAGCAUUAAUCAAACCUCCUCUGCAUGACUCCUCAGUGGGACCAGUGUUGUCAUUAUCACAGCUCACGUUAACGCAGCACCAUGGGGGCCAAGCAGACCAAAGGCCAGGAGCCUGGAGGAGCCAGCCCGCAGCACAGCUGGAGGCGGACGCCCACCAAGGAGCGGGGAGACAUCCUGGCCUCCCUCAUGCUGAAGUCAGGGGACAGGCUGAACCGUGGGGGGACGCCGCCGCCGCCCUACCAGCGACGCAUCGGUAUGAUCCAGGAGAUGAUGCUGAUGGCCAAGCAGGGCAAGCAGGACGAGGCCACGGAGAUGCUCAGGACUCUCCGACAGGACCUGGGCAUGGAGUCGACGUCUCUGGAUGACGUGUUGUAUCGCUACGCCAGCUUCAGAAACCUGGUCGACCCCAUCACGCACGACCUGAUCAUCAGCCUGGCGAGAUACGUCCACUGCCCCAAGACGGAGGGGGACUCUCUCGGGGCGAUGGAGAAGGUUUGUCGUCAGCUGACUUAUCAUCUGAGCCCUCACUCUCGGUGGAGGAGGCAGGGCCUGCUCAAGAGGAAACCCCAGGCUUGUUUUAAGGCGGUGCUGUCGGCGCCUCCCUCCAGCGGAGCGUUGGACCUCUCCGGGAUCCCUCUGACGGCUCGGGACAUGGAGCGUCUGUGUGCACACCUGCAGCAUCACGCCUCCAACAUGAUGAGCCUGGAGCUGGGCUUCACCGAGCUGACGGACGAGGCCUUCCUGCUGCUCCUACCAACGCUGGCCUCACUGCCGCACCUGGAGACGCUCGCACUGAACGGAAACAGGCUGACCAGGGCCGUCCUGAAGGAGCUGACGGACGCUCUAAAGGAUCCAGGCAGUUUCCCCAGUGUGACCUGGAUUGACCUGGGCAACAACGUGGACAUCUUCUCCCUGCCGCAGCCCUUCCUGGUCAGCCUGAGAAAGCGAUGUCCCAAACAGGGGAACCUCCCCACCAUCCUGGAGUUUGGAGAGAGUCAGGCCAGCGACGCCCCCGAGAGGCUGAGGGGCCUGGGCGAGGAGGAGGAGACGGACGACACCAAUCGAACUGAGAGCAUGGGCGAGCUGCGCUCCGAGGUGGAGGAGGAGCUGGACGGAGAGAUGGAGAUAGAGGAGAUGAUGGAGGAGCUGCUGGACUUUGACCGGGAAGUGCAGGGAAAGGAGGAUGAGGAGGAGAGCAUGUGGACGGUGGAGGAGCAGAGGAAGGUGGGGAGGUGGAGGGGCAGAAGCCGAGGGGCGGAGGAGGAGGAGGUGCAGAGGAAAGACGAGACGCAGGGGAGGAGGGCGGCGGUCGUGGAGGACGAGGACGACACGCAGAGCCGAUCCUCCCACAUGUCCUGCUCCAGCCAAUCGCAGCACUCCUCUGGAGCGAUGGAGCCGAUGAGAGCGGAGGAGGACUUUGAUUUAGACGAGGUGACCGACCAGUCAGAUCACCUCACCUGAUUGCUGCUUUCUGCUUACGUUUUCCCUCCUGCGUCCAGUCCUCUGUGUGCAACACUGAGCGUGCUCAAAGUCAAACAAGGAAGCUAAGUUUGAGUAAACAGAUGAAGACUCCCCGCUCCCACGGCUGAUCUGAGGUCAGAUCCUGACAGAGUGACAGCUGAUCCAGGUGACUCUCUGUGACUGUGGCAUGAGAAGACAAUCACCUACAGGACAUGUGUUUUAUUAAACUGUAUGUUAUUUAAAGUAUAAUUAGACUGAGGAUGCUUACAAUAGAAUAGACUGAUGAAUUAUAUCACGUGAGGCUUUUAUGUACAGAAUGUUAACCUAUUCAGGUCCCUUCCUCCUGCUAACCCUGCUAAUACCUACAUGUGCCUGUCACGCAUCCCCUUACUGCUGCGUCUUAGAAAACUGAGACACACUCAAACUAAUCAGGGCCCUUUAAACACUUUAUGAAAUGUUUUGCCAAAAAAAAAAAACAGAAAUGGAAAAUGUUUCAAAUGUUUCUUCCCCCACACAUAACGUUGACGACAGACAAGCCAGAUGGUUCCAAAGAUAGACGGGAAUCAAAAGGUCGCUUCGUGGAAAUCAGUGUCCUCUUAAGAAAAGGAACAGAUGCAUCGUGAUUUGGUGAGUGAGAGACGCACAGGAGGAGGAAUUUAGUGUAGCUGAAACUAAAAGAAGUCAAAUAAGAGAUACAGAAAAGGAUGCAGUAAAAAGUCUGAUGAUUGUCAGGAAACUGUGAACAGUGUCCGGGGAAGAUGAGAUGAUCUUCUUGCCACAACAAAUAUCUGAGGGGUGUACUACGAAACAAGAGAACGAGGUAUAAAUGAGGUUUGAUGAAGUCAGAGCUUUCAGUGCCACACAGCUGGCUCUCCUUUCAUUUUUUAUUUACAGGUUCUACAAAACAAAUGUAGCCUAAAGUCGUCUGUUCAGGAUGUCAAAUGCAUGUAAAUCACAAGAAAAUCAGUUUCUUUUUCAGGUCCAUACUGCUGAAGCAACUCAAAGUGAAGCCUCUGUGUAACCGACUAUUUACAAUUAAACUGAGACUCCCAACAAACAGAUGAACGGACACUUUCCAAUAAAUGAUGGUGUUUACCUUGCAGACACUGGAGGGUCAAAUUAUGCUUUGCUUCUAAUCUGAACACACGGACGCUUCUCAAGUUGCUGUUUUCUGGCUUCACACUAUACUAGACCAUUUUAUGCCCAAUUUUGGGCCCAAUUUGGCCCCUUCAACGAUUAGUGGGCCGUGGUUCGAUUCAGGGCUUGUCGCAACUGAUAUUUGUCCAAAUAAUCCUCAAGUAUAUGGUGUCACAACAAUUAUUUUACUGCUCCUGAUCGGGUCCAGACAUCCCUGAUAUGGAUUCAUAAAUAUCAAACGUUUCAUUUUUACAAUUCCAGAUCGGGCUGCGUUUUUAGCGAUAUCUUUUAAUUUCUCAUCACCAUUUCUUAUAAGUCUAAAAGAUGUAGGCACAAAACUCCUGAAAUCUCCCAAACUUUUUGAGGAUGAGCCAAAGAUUUUUCUCCAACUUUUACCCAAACGUUUUCCUGACAGCCCUUGCUCGUUAAAUUUAAAGAAGUCAGAGGCGAUGGGCAGGAAAUAUUCAGGAGAAUUCCCAGCGAGCUGUUGAGCAGGAGUGAUGACGUUAUAUCCUGAGACUGAUGUGCAUCCUGCAGAAUCUUCUUGCACGUAAUGAAGCUGCUUCAUAGUCUUUUCUGCUCACCGUUAUGUUCUUUACCACUCGUUUGCUGGUACUGUGAAUAUGUCAAGUGACACGUAGCAUUUAUAUAACGGCAAAAACUGUCAUCAAAGUACAGGAAUCUGUUGCUUCGUCUGCUUUCUUGGAUAUUGGCAGCAUCUUGCCAAUAUCCCCCCCGCCCGCCCCUGGGAUGCCUUUGCCCCACUUCCUGUUUUAAAAACUCUCGGGCUGUCAGGCAUAUGUGUGAAUAAACAACUCAUAGAUUUCAGGGGCAGACAUCCUGAAAUUGUGUUGAGAAUUUGAAGGAGUGCAUGAGUGAAAACAGCCACAAACAGCUGAUCACCAGUUAGGUGAUGUCUGUUGUCUCUGACUUGGGCUUUAGGGGGUUUUGUAUUCAGCCUAAACAAAGAAAGCCUGGGCAUGUUGAAUUUGCUUCGUAGUGCAGCCCUCUGAAGAAUCCAUUAAGAAAUAUUUAGUAGCCUUUCCUCCUAAUCGAGGUCAUGUUUCACUCCACAGUACUCUACACGUGCUUACAGCUCUGUUUUCACACAGGCCACUCUGUUACUGUACACUGAGUCGACACUAUUUAUAUCUAUUAGUUUGUAGCUGUCACCCAGCCUGUGCUUUCCCUUUAUAUGCCCUGCAAAAUCUGAAAAAAACCAAGCUGUAUUUUUGGAUGUGGAGUGUAAACAGUAUGUAAUAAUUCAACUGUUCAAGAGUGAUUGUUUGGACCAUAGAUUAAAAAGGAAUACCACUUUA